UGCUUGAUUCUUGAAGUGCAUCGAUAGCGGUGAAAUAUGUUUCGUAUCUCUCGUCAAAUUUUAUAAAUCCAGAAUGUAUCUAAGACAUGUGUGAGGUCCAUGGCGAAAAAGAGAGAAUAUACGAAGAAAACUAUAAAAAAAAUGAGAAAGGAAGGCUGGGUUUUUGAUGAUAAAGGUCAGCCUGAGAAAAGACUACCAGACAUCAAAAUCCCUUCCAGGCUGAAUGUUAUUCUGUUGGAUGCGCACGAGAAGCUUGGCGAAGCAGGAAAAAUGAUUUCUGUGAAAGCCGGAUACGCCAGAACUGUUCUGGUACCUGAAGGAUUUGCUAUCUAUGCAACGGAGGAAAACAAGAAACGAUUUCUUAGCAUUGAUGCUGUAGACGACAGCCCGGAAACACCUGUGUGUCCGAGAUUUUUAAAAUUUCUGCAAAACAUUCAGUUGAAAAUUCAACGAAAGGAAGGGAGCGGAUUUUUUGAGGUGAAUGAGCAUCAUAUAGCUUUGGAAUACGAAUCGCAGUUUGAGUUGUUUGUACCAGUACACUGUGUAAAACUUGAAGAACCUAUAACAACAUUUGGAGACUUUGAGGUCAAUAUAGAGGUCAGGGAUAAUGUUCUGGUGCCAAUGAAAAUCUCCGUGGAACGAUGGAGUCCUGAUUUACCAGAUUGGGUUGAGUCAGCCUUGAAAACUGAGAGUGAGAAAGAGGAGAAAGUGCAAGCUAAAGCUGACUGACUGUUAGCUACAGGAAUCGCGAAACACUUUGAAUUCUUAAAGACUGUUCGUAGGCUUUUGAUUUUUUAGACACAAUUCCAGGGAAAGGACUAGGUUAAUGAUCCAUGUUCAAAAGUCUGGGUAUGAGCCAAAACAAAAAUUAUUAAAAGGGGUGCAUUUCUAAAGAAACUGUGGUGCUGUGUCAGUGGGGGAGUAUAACAAAAUAAUUUGGUUUUUAAUUAAACUUGGCCAUCAUAAAGAUUUUUUAAAGCCUUAUAUUAGCCCUUCCAAAAAGUGAAAAGUGCAGGAAACAAAAUGUGAUGAAGGACUAACACUCUAAACAUCUGCUUUAGAAACUUUUUACAAUGGCCAAUUUACAUUUUCAACUCAGACGACAAACAUGAAUUAUCUGACUUUU